UGUCGGAGGGAGCAAGACCGGGGAGGAUAGUGCCACUUCCGCGGGCGAAACAGUGCCCUGGAUCGUGGUUUCGGCCAGUUUAGAGGACGCCGAGAGGGACGUCUGGCCGUGGCUGGAAGGCAAGGAACACCACCAUCGCUGGAAACGUCGUCCAGAGGCGGCGAAACAUCAGCCCAUGUCCAUGCUGGGGUGUCAGCAGUCCUGGUGGCUGACAAUUGUUGCUUCAGAGUGAAACAGGUGGCAGUGAAGUGACGCAGGAGCACGUUGGUUACCUUCACCUAGUGCCUUCACCUGAGUAAAGAAAAUGCCCAAGGAAUUCCGCCGUAGGUUCCAGUGCUCCUGACGCGGCUCCCUGGAGCACCUAAUCCACAAUACUGCUCCUAUGCAACGCGGCUUAUGUGCUCCUGUGCCAUGUGUACCUAUGUACCUAGAUAUGUACACCGGCUCCUGUGUACGGCUGGAAAUUACUGUGACUGUGUGUACGCGUGUGUACGGUGAACUGUGACACUUAUUUCUUCCCCUUAACCCCUAAUUUCCCCCUUUUGCCCCUUACCCUUGCAAUCUCCGGGAAUCUGAAGGGGUUGAAGGGGUUACAGGAUCUGAUUUAAGGGGUUAAAUGCUCCCUUUCCCUAUCGAAAUCAAGAAAUUCAGUUAAGGGGCGUUCUGGCCCUACUUUUAAGGGGUUGAAUGUCGUCUACCCAAGCAGUAGCGUGCCUGCUGACUCCUCAGCAGGGCAGUGACAUGCCCCGCUGCUACCUGGUCAAGAAAGUGCCCAUGGUACGUGAUGUGGGCACUAAGGGCUGUUCCUCACCCACGGCAGCUGCCCCUGCGCCACCCACACCUCCAGACAUGUCCGAUCAUGAUGCUCACACACGUGUAUAUCACGAACUCCGGGCGGCAGACCCUUGUUUUACCUGCACCUUCCAGUAUUAUCCUACGACCCCUGACCAUGCUUAUGCUCAUGUACACACGACUACCACCACCUCGACGACUUUCCACCAGCCUUGCCUCUCCACCAGUCAGACUUAUCUGCCUACCACACGCCAGCAGCCCACACACACGCCCUGUCUGCGUACUGCUCAACAACAAGCUUGUUUGGAGUCCAGUCAACAAGCGUCUCUACCAACCAUCCAGCAGCCUUGCCUUCCUGCCAGUCCACACUCGUGCCAGCAGACCAGUCACCAGUCUAGUCAUCCAGCGAGCUACCAGUCUAGUCACACCUUCACUCCAUUGCAUCUAAGACCUGUGGAGGAGACAGAAGCGGCUCACGACCUACUGGAGUUGGCUCGUUCAGCUCCUGCCUACUCCUAUCAGCCUCCCACGCCAGCUUCCUCCUGUGACUCCCUGGAGGCUCCCUCAACUAGCUACUCAGAGGCCACAGUGUGUAAUGGGGAUGAGCACUUGUACGAGGACAGUGAGGCCAGCCUCAUUUCUACUCCUACACCGUCUCCGGCAGGUAGUAGUGAUGCGGAGAACGUAGCCCCUCCCUGCUCCCUAGGACUCAAUGAUGGACGUUCUAGGGUAAGGAUCGGAAGGACCGAAGGAGUGAGGUUAGGGCGUCAUAAGCCGCGGUACACGUGUUCUGAGUGCGGGAAGCACUACGCGACCUCCUCAAAUCUCUCGCGGCACAAACAGACGCAUCGCGACCUCGACUCCGGCAACGCACGUCGCUGCCACGUCUGCGGGAAGGCGUACGUCAGCAUGCCGGCACUUGCCAUGCACGUGUUGACGCAUAACCUGACGCAUCGGUGCGGCGUGUGCGGCAAAGCGUUCUCUCGCCCCUGGUUGCUACAAGGCCACAUGCGCUCACACACAGAGAAGCCUUUCGGGUGCGCUCACUGCGGUAAGUCCUUCGCCGACCGAUCCAAUCUGCGCGCACACAUGCAGACGCAUUCCCAGCUCAAGAACUUCAGGUGUAAACGCUGUAACAAGUCGUUCGCUCUCAAGUCGUACCUCAACAAACACUACGAGUCAGCGUGCUACAGGGACGGUGCUUGUGGAGAAAUUUGCACUUCCCCGGGUCCCUGAACCAGGCCAACCACACCUAUGAACUUGUGUGUGGCCAUCCAAUUGUACCUACUGUGGACCUAAGUGGCCACAACUUCAACCCACGGUGGGCCGAGGUAUGGCCACGAAUACGCAAUCUAUAAACCUUAAAGUGGCCAUACCCGCUAACUCACACGUGGAUCUGUGACCUGAAUUAAGACUUGGCAAUAAGGUCAGGUAACCUGACAGGUAGUUUAGCAGAUCUUCCAGAAGGUGCACUAAAAUUUAACAGCGAAAAAAACAAGUGCUUUAUUUUGCUCCUGUAAAAUUUAUACUAUUAUUCAAUAUUGUGAUCUGUGAUUUUUAUGUGGCAUUGUAUAGUACGGAAGUCAUGGUAACGACCUGAUCCCCGUGGUCUUAAAGACAUAACGAACGACACCGUGGAUUUCUAUGGUCUGUUUAAUCUUGUAUUAGCAAGGUAUUUAGGAUUCAAUACGGCAUAAGGUAUUCUGUGGCCCUAUAAUCCCACAACAAAGUAGCAAGUUUCUCAUCUUAAUGGAGAAAAUAAGAAGUUGUAUAACAAGUUUGGGACAACGUUUUGCCCCGAAAACACUUCGUGAAGAGCGAAACGUCCCAGUAUAUACUUGUUCUACAACGUGUCUUCUUUUUCACCAUGUGAUCUACUUUCUACGAGAUCAAAAUUAACGAUAAACGAACCCUGAAAAUGUAGAGAUAGCAAUGGCUGGUAUUCCUACAUCAAUUUCUAAAAAGUAAUAACUGGAAAUUAUACAGCCAAAGCAAACUAUUUAGCCUGCUAGGUUUAAACUCUAUCUAUCACAUGAUUAGGGCCAUAUGCCACCUAGUGGUUAACAUCAAAAAUAUUUAGAUGAGUGUUGAAUAUGAGAGAUGAGGAACCAGCUGGGUGGAACCAGACCGACCAAGGUCGAAUUAGUUUAUCUAGGGCCGGAUUGGUUUCACCAGGGCCGGAUUAGCUUAACCAGGGCCGGAUUAGCUUAACCAGGGCUGGAUUAGUUUAACCAGGGCUGGAUUAGUUUAUUCAGGGCCAGAUUUGUUUCACCAGGGCCGGAUUUGUUUACAUGACACCCACCAAAAUCUUAACUCAAUUCAAUUCUUCAAUCACCAGCUUCUCUCGGCUGCAACUGAAGCCAUUAUCUUUUGCGAAGUGAAUCACGCGUCUUGUCACCGUCUUGUAGACCAAGAAACCUACUACGUCGUCUACAUUACCGGCUUUUCGUAGACAGAAAAACGAGGGAAACGGACGUGGAUGCCUUCACUUGAAAUACACCAAAGACUUUUCGGGCAUGUGGACCUUGUUAACAAUCAAAACAUCGUCCCAGGACCGAAACAUCUUAAUGAAACGUGUCCUGACACAUACAUGGCUAUCUUCCUAAAGCUGUCUCUAGGCAUUUGCCUUCUUAAUACUCACAAAAUAAUUCUGGGAAUUCCCUUUCCACUUAGUGCAAAAAAUCUUCGGAAAAAACAAAUUCACAGAUCAAACGAAUUCAAGGCCCAUUUUAUAUGGGGUUCGAAUCUCUGACUGCGUAGGAUCAAACACCAACAAAACAGUAAAAAUGUCGUAUUUUAAUUCUCUGUAAAUUAUAGACAAUGCUAUUCAACAGAAACAGGAAGUUGAGGCCUAAUUAGGCCUAAAAAUGGUCUUUAAUAAUGAAUUCUUGACGAGAAACACAAGUGUAUUUCCUGAGCUGACUCACAGAACAGUGCUUGCAGUCCUCCAGUUCUCACGGUGCUCCAGUUCUCACGGUGCUCCAGUUCUCACGGUGCUCCAGCACUCACGGUACUCCAGUACUAACGGUAUUUCAAUACUCACGGCACUCCAGUACACACGGGUUUUCCAGUACUCACGGUGCUCCAGUACACACGGGUUUUUCAGUAUUCACGGGUUUUCCAGUACUCACGGUUUUCCAGUACUCACGGCUUUUCCAGUACUCACGAUUUUCCCAGUACUCAUAAACUGCUCCGUUACUCAGUGUUAAUACUCAUCGGGUGUUCCAGUACUCACAAUGCUCCAGUACUCACAGUGCUCCAGUACUCUCAGUUAUCCAGUGCUCACAAGGCUGGAAUGGAAGCCUCUGAAGACCCAAAGGAACCCUUGCAAACCCUAAGUCAAUCUCUGGAGACCCAAAGGAACCCAUGGGAAGCCUAAUCUUUGGAAACCCAAAGGAACCUUAAAAAGGCCUAGCUAAACCAGUGAAAAGCCGAACCCUCUGGAAACCCAUAGGAAUCCUUGGAAAGCCUAAUUAAACUUCUGGAACAACUGCAAAGCCUCUGGAAAUCCAAGCCGAAAAGAGCCUCUGGAAAGCCAAAGGAAUCCUUGGAAAGCCUAAUUAAACUUCUGGAACAACUGCAAAGCCUCUGGAAAUCCAAGCCGAACAGAGCCUCUGGAAAGCCAAAGGAAUCCUUGGAAAGCCUAAUUAAACUUCUGGAAAUCCAAGCCGAACAGAGCCUCUGGAAAGCCAAAGGAAUCCUUGGAAAACCUAAUUAAACUUCUGGAACAACUGCAAAGCCUCUGGAAAUCCAAGCCGAACAGAGCCUCUGGAAAGCCAAAGGAAUCCUUGGAAAACCUAAUUAAACUUCUGGAACAACUGCAAAGCCUCUGGAAAUCCAAGCCGAACAGAGCCUCUGGAAAGCCAAAGGAAUCCUUGGAAAACCUAAUUAAACUUCUGGAACAACUGCAAAGCCUCUGGAAAUCCAAGCCGAGCAGAGCCUCUGGAAAACCAAAGGAAUCCUUGGAAAGCCUAAUUAAACUUCUGGAAAUCCAAGCCGAACAGAGCCUCUGGAGAGCUCUACAAAGGUUGAUGUGAGCAUGUCUGUGGGUCAUGUUCGGGAAAGUUACACAUUUUUUUUUCACUCUCCCAUGAAUGUCCGUCACCUUCAGACAUAUGAACUUUCUUGAUCAUCGUUUACAAAUGCACGUUUCCGAAGACUCCCAAGCUGCUGUAAAAUGACUUUGUAAGCUGAUUACUUUGUAAGUUACUUUGCUAGCAGUUGCUUUUUAGAUUAAUUAUUUUUUGAACACAUUGUAAAAAAGUGACUUUGUAAACGAGUGACUUUGUAAACGAGUGACUUUGUAAACAAGUGACUUUGUAUAAACAACAGCUGUAUUUCGUAUUUCGAUUAUCACACAAUUUGUAUUAAAUACAACUAUAAAGAGGUUACAAUAGGCACUAGCUUGUAAUGUUCAUGGUACUUUAAUGGGGGAGCGGUACAGCCGUAAGGGUAAAACAGCGCCUGAGGAACGAGAGGCCAAUCAAGUUUGAUGAGAGGAGAAAAGGGAAGCUACCUCCAGUUCCUUAGAUCAAGAGUCCUUCAGUGGCAGCACCUCCUCCUCCCUCCCUCCAUGAAGGGACAAGGCAUUAGGGUCGAAAUCUCUCAGAACGAUGAUUAGCAGUAACCACAUUAAUAUAUUUAAGCAAUAAGCAUAGCAAUACGUAUAUUGUUACCGCAUCAUAACUAGAAGUAGUAAGCUAAAACUAGAAACUAAUAAAUCUAGAAUCUCCUUCAUAAGUUGUGAUCUAGAGUCGUUAUUUUUAUACGAGGUAAAUUGAAUGUUUUGCGUUUCCUUUGACAUGGUUGUAUGUAAGGAGGAUGUUGAGGACCUCCUUGGUGUGCUCCUUGCUCACAUUCUCUCUCUCUCCCUCUCUCUCUCUCUCUCUUUAUAGUAGAUAAUUCUUCUCAGCGGAUACAAUUGGUGAGGAUUUCCAAGUCCUCUGGUAUCUCUCUUUCCCAUUUAUUCGUUUAAACUCACUCUCUCUCUCUGUAUCUACUCUACAAAUCUGUUAUCUCUUAGCAAUACCAUUGUUCCGUUCAUGUUCUUCUUCUUCUUUUCAAUUAAGAUCGAGUUACAGUCAACCACAGGAAUUCCUAGACAGCAUCUCACCAAUAUUCCAAAUGAGAUUAGGUAAUCAAUUUACAAUUACUGAAGCCUUAAAGGGGUCAUACAGCGCCUGGUAAAUGGGAGGAUGUUAGGUUUGAUCUGAAGGAGGGAAGAAUAACUCAGGUUCUUUGGAUCAAGACCCCUUCAGCAUCAAGCUGUUACUCUUGAAGGGAAAAUUGAUAGAUGUCAGUAUGUUUUCUUUGAGAUGAGUUUUUCUGAGAUGAAUUUUUCUCUGACAUGAUUUUUGAGAUGACUUUUUAGAUGAUUUUUUAGACGUCUCACCAAAAUUGAACCCAAAAAGCUUCAUUUGUUUAGGGAUCUUCAUUUAACAUAUUGAAUCUUAACAAAUUACAGAUUUUGGGUGAGUGGGUUGGGAUUUUAGGUAG